AGCGCCUAUAAAAGCCAGAGGCUGGCAGAGUCGGGUGUCCUACCUGUCCCUGCUACAGCGGUGCCAUGCUGGGAGGCUUGGGGAAGCUGGCGGCCGAGGGCCUGGCCCAUCGCACUGAGAAGGCCACUGAGGGAGCAGUUCACGCCGUGGAAGAGGUGGUGAAGGAGGUGGUGGAGCAUGCCAAGGAGGCCGGGGAGAAAGCCAUCUCUGAUGCCUUAAAGCAAGCCCAGGAGUCGGGGGACAAAGUGAUGAAGGAAGUCACAGAGAAGGUGACCCACACUGUGUCCGAGGCUGUUACCCAUGCGGUGGAGGGCCUGGGCCGGCUGGGACAGUGACCUUCUGCCGCCUUGGCCAGGCCUGCCCCAUCUCAAUAAAAGCCUGAGAUGUAUUCACGGA